AUGGAGCGCAAAAUCGUUGGAGAGCUGCUGUACAGCCACAUUCGGUGUGCCGACAACACGGUGGAUUCCGAUGGGAAGCCUGUCUUUGUCGAGUGCAGAGACGAGAACGGGCACUUCAAGCCCAAGUACGCUUGGUCUGACGUUACGACGGCCUUCAACGUUCGGGGGAUGGUCAUUCAUCCAGGUGGAGUCCGUGUGCGUCUGCCUGACGGAGUCUCUCGCCGACCGGCCAAGCAAGAUCAGCUGCAAGGCACGCUCAUGAUCAAGUACGACAAGGAUUGGCCCUCUGACGAGCCGUGCGGCGUCACCUUUCCGACUGGUGCAUUCGGCAAAUCACUUGGCCGCUACGUCGAUAUCUGUCCCCCCGACGACGCGCCUAGCCUGGCGCAAGUGGGUGAGCGCAUCGUCUCCGAGUGGAAGAUCGGUGGUAAACCUUUCAUCCCGCCAUUCUUUGUGAGGCCAUCUCUGCCAGAAAAUGUGGCCGUUGUCGAGGUGCAUGGUGUUAGCCCUUACGCGCUCGACAAGUUCGCCCGCGAGGCACAGGCCAUGUUCAACACGCUCGUGGAUCCGGCAUCCAAGACGCGCUCGGUUGUAUGCGACGUCUGGGCGGUAAAAUGGGAGGUGGUAAAGGGAAAGUUGGCCUACUUCGGCCGCGUCUGCUGGGUCGUCGAGGUGUUUGAUCUUGACGGAGGCAAAGUCGAUGCCGUCUCAGCUGCUCACCGUUGGCCAGGUUCGCUUCCGGGCUACUCGCUUUCGACCGUUUACGAUCUUGGAUUCAUCAAUCGCUUUCCCUACUGCACUCGGUGCAGCAACACCAUUCACGAUAUCGACAAGCGUCACACCUCGGACAAAUGUCCCAAGUUCAGUGGCACACCUUGCAAGGUAGACGAGGAGCAGCGCACAGGCUAG